UGCCCGAAAUCCCCGGACCGUGGGUCUGUGUCGGGACCUUGAGCUCCGGAGCUGGAAAAACCCGGCUGAGGCUUCACAGUUCUCUACACUCUCCAAGAGCCACAGAAAAUGAACACAUUUCAGGCAUCAGUGUCAUUCCAGGACGUGGCUGUGGAGUUCACCCAGGAGGAGUGGCAGCACAUGGGCCCUGUCGAGAGGACCCUGUACAGAGAUGUGAUGCUAGAGAACUACAGCCACCUCGUCUCAGUGGGAUACUGCUUUACAAAACCAGAACUGAUCUUCACGUUGGAGCAAGGAGAAGAUCCAUGGUUAUUAGAGAAAGAGAAAGGAUUUCUAAGCAGGACCUCCCCAGAAGACUCCCAACCCGAUGAAAUCUCAGAGAAGAGUCAAGAAAAUCAAGGCAAACAUUGGUGGCAAGUUUUAUUCACCAAUAAAUUAUUGACUACAGAGCAAGAAAUUUCAGGAAAAGCACAUAAUCAGGACAUAAACAUUUUUCCUGCCAGAAUGAUGCCUUGUAAAUGUGACACUGUGGGGUCUGGUUACCAGGGUCUGAGCCCAUUGGCCCCACACUGUCAAUAUUCAAAAGAGAAGGCUCAUGAGCAUGAUGUAUGUGACAAAUGGCUCAUCAAUAUUAAGGAUGGCAGAACUAACACUCAAGAGAAAUCUUUCACUUACAGUAAAAUUGUGAAAACCCUCAGUCAUAAGGAAAAAGUUAUUCAACAUCAGAUAAUUCAGACUUUGGGGAAAGAUUUUGAAUAUAAUGGAAGUAGAAAAGCUUUUCUUGAAAAGGCUGCCCUUGUUACGUCUAAUAGUACCCACCAUAAAGGAAAAUCUUACAACUUCAAUAAAUUUGGGGAAAACAAAUACGAGAAAUCAACCUUUAUUAUUCCUCAGAACAUUCAUCAAGAGAAGAGUCACUAUGAGUUUAAAGAUACUGGAAAUUGUUUCUGUAGGAUCACUCACAAAACUGAUACAGAAGGGAAAUCUUUUAGCCCAAAGUCACACAUUAGAGAACAUCAUAGAAUUCGUAUAGGGAUGAAACCCUUUGAAUAUGGAAAAAGUUUCAACCAUAAUUCAGCCCUCCCACUGUAUCAGGGAACUCAUGCAACAGAUAAAUCAUCUGAUUAUAACACAUGUACAGAGACAUUCAGCUACCAGUCAACUUUCAGUGUACAUCAGAAAGCUCACAUAAGGGCAAAACCCUAUGAGUGUAAUGAAUGUGCAAAAUCCUGCUCUAUGAAUUCACGCUUGAUUUGGCCUCAGAAAAGUCACACAGGGGAGAAACCCUAUGAAUGUCAUGAAUGUGGGAAAGCCUUCAGUGAGAAGUCACGUCUAAGAAAACAUCAGAGAACUCACACAGGAGAGAAACCAUAUAAAUGUGAUGAAUGUGAGAAAGCUUUCAGUGCAAAGUCAGGCCUAAGAAUACACCAGAGAACCCACACAGGAGAGAAACCAUUCGAAUGUAAUGAAUGUGGGAAGUCUUUUAACUAUAAGUCAAUCCUUAUAGUACAUCAAAGAACUCACACAGGGGAGAAACCUUUUGAAUGUAGUGAAUGUGGGAAAUCUUUCAGCCAUAUGUCAGGCCUAAGGAAUCAUCGAAGAACUCACACAGGGGAAAGACCAUAUAAAUGUGAUGAAUGUGGGAAAGCUUUCAAACUGAAAUCAGGCCUAAGAAAACAUCAUAGAACACACACAGGGGAGAAGCCCUACAAAUGUAAUCAGUGUGGAAAAGCUUUUGGUCAGAAAUCCCAACUCAGAGGACAUCAUAGAAUUCACACAGGGGAAAAACCCUAUAAAUGUAAUCAUUGUGGGGAAGCUUUCAGUCAAAAAUCAAACCUCAGAGUCCAUCACAGAACUCAUACUGGGGAGAAACCUUAUAAAUGUGAGGAAUGUGGAAAAACGUUCAGGCAGAAAUCAAAUCUCAGAGGGCAUCAAAGAACUCACACUGGGGAGAAGCCCUAUGAAUGUAAUGAAUGUGGAAAAGCUUUCAGUGAGAAGUCAGUCCUAAGAAAACACCAGCGAAUUCACACUGGGGAGAAACCAUAUAAUUGUAAUCAAUGUGGGGAAGCUUUCAGUCAGAAAUCAAAUCUCAGAGUACAUCAGAGAACUCACACAGGGGAGAAACCCUAUAAGUGUGAUAAAUGUGGGAAAACUUUCAGUCAAAAAUCAAGCCUUAGAGAACAUCAGAAAGCCCACUCAGGAUUAAACGUGCAUAUAAAGAAUAUGAAAAAACUCUGAGCUGGAAAUUAAACCUCACAAUACAUAAAUGAACCCACAGGAGAGAACUGUUAAUGUAGUGAGCAUUUCCUCUACAAUUUUAGCCUCCACCAAACAUCAAAGAACUUAGGAGAUAAAUUGUUGAAAUGUGUUUUACAUGGAAAUUCUUUCAGCCAGAGUGCAAUCUUCCAUGGAUAUUAGAGAGCUCACCCAGCAAAGAAACCCUAUAAAGAUAAUGAAUAUGGAAAAUACUUUUGUGAACUCAUUCCUCAAAAAACUCAUGCUGCAGAAAAGCUCUGAGAAAGUAAUAAAGAUUUGAAACUUUGUGCCAACGAUCAAAACUCAUUCAUAAUCAAAGAAGUCACACAAUGAGAAAAGCUAGAAUGUAAUAAGUGUGUGGUAAACUUUAGCCAGAAGUCAGUACAGCAGAAAAUACAUACGGGAUAGAGACCUCAUAGUAUAUUAAGCAAGAAAUGAAGAUAAUGGAUGUGGGAAAUUCUUCUGCCAUGUCAACCCUCAUUUUAACUUACACAGAGGUAAUCCCUAUAUAAUAACUAUUGAAAUAUUUACUAGUAAUCGUUUUCACUUCUCCCUCAUGCCACACCUGUCCUAAAUGCUCAACCACUCUAUCUUCUAAAUGGGAUCAUAUUGUUACCCUCUAGCUAGUGGAAUAUGGGGGUCAAUUACAGACAGGUCUUAAGUACAUCAGUCAAAUUGUCAAUAUUUUCUCCUAUCCCUCAUUACAACGAAAUGGAGGAAAACCUUGGGACUCAGGUUCUCAUGAUGGAAAACAAGAUUGUAGGAAUCAAGGUCAGAGAAGGACCCUGUGGCAUGGAGUUUUUUCCUCCAUGUACACAGUUGGACUUUUUGCAGUGAGGAAACAAAUUUGUUCCCUCCUGAGCUUCUAAAGGUUUGGGUGUUCUUGAUACUGACAGAAACUCAACAACACUCAUGUAAUAAAACAUACGAGUAUGAUUUUUCAGGAUAUCUGAACUCAGUGUAUGUCAGAAAAGUCACAUAGGACCGAUGUCCGACAGCAUCCUGAGUGACCCUAACUUCUAUCCCCAGGUCUUCCACGUCAGUCAGGUAAUAUCAGACGAAAUCUGACAUUUUAACAAACGGAGGAAAUUCUUCACACACACAGACACACAGUCACACAUACAUACCCAAAAUUCCAUUAACUAUCUGAUAAUUUACUUUUGAAUGUGUAAAUGUUUUCAAAAAUUAUCGUAUUUUAUAUCAGAGCUUGUUUCAAGGGGAAAAUCUAUCCAUUUGAGAAAGGUAAGUAAUAGCUUUUAUCUAGAUACUGCUAUAUGAGAACUGUUGUUUAAUAUAUAAUAUCAAAACCUUUAAUGAAGUGACAUAUUGAUAGACAUUCACUAUCAUAAAAAGCCUAAAACGAACAAGAAAUAAACUGCAUAAAC